AUGGAACCAAACCCACCUUUACCAGAUUACAUAAAACCACCAUAUCUCAUCAUUAAGAAGAAACUGAUACACGAGGAUGAGGCUGGAAUGUUUGAAAAUUUUAAAGAAGUGUUGACAAAACUUCAGGCAUUGUUGAAGGACGGAAAACUAAAGUUGACUAAAGAACAGGUCAACAUGACAGAGAAAGAGAAGAUGGCAGAACCACCAGAGAUGAAAGAUCCAGAGAAGUUAAACAUUACUUACACCAUCGAUGGGUUAAAAAUCCCACAUGCUUUAUAUGACUUAGCAUCGAGCAUCAAUGUCAUGCCGCUGAGAAAAUUUAAGGAAUUGAAGAUAAGAGAGAUCAUACCGAGCAACAUGACACUCACUUUAGCCGAUUCAUCUAUGACGCAUCUGCUUGGUAUUGUACAAGAUGUUCUAGUUCAUAUCGAUAACUUGACCUUCCCUACAUACUUUGUGGUGAUCGACAUGAAAAAUGAUUCAGAAGGGUCAGUGAUUCUCGAGCAAUCAUUCUUGGCAACCGGGAAGGCAAAAAAUAGAUGUGGAGACAGGUGA